AUGUGUAUAUUGGAAAAUUAAUUAAUUAAAUUUCAAAAAUACAGAAGAAUUAGCAAUGGUUUUAAAAAUUUUAUAAGUCUUUAUUAGUCUAGAGGAGGACCCAAAAAUUAAGUGCUUUAUGACGGAGAUAAAAGGAACUCCAUCAGAACAUACAAUGGUAGCUAUUAUUAAUUUAAUAUUUGCCAGAUAACUCAAACAACAGACAAGGAUUCAAAAUCGGAUGGGACAUUGAUCAAUCUAGAAAGGGAGACACCAAAAUAGCAGGAAAAGUGGGGCAAGAUCAAAGAAAUUCAUACAUCCCCCAAUAUCAAACACAAACCUAUGUGCCAGUUGUGGAAGUAUUCAAUAACAUAAUUAGUAAAAUCAAGAUGACGAUUACAUGAAGUAGUUGUAUCUUCAAGAAAUGAACAAAAAACAAGAGCUCGCUGCCUUGUAUAAGCAACCCGAGUAAUACUACUAGGAUGCUUUGGAUGGUUAUAAUAAUGGAAAACAAUAUUCAAAUAAUAAUAACCCUUCCAACACUUAUGAACAACCAUAAUUGUUACAAUAAUCCAACAAAUACGAUCACUACCAAUAACCAAAUGUCGAAGAGGAACAGCUCUAUUAUAAGGUAUCUUAUAUAAUAAUGUGUUUAGUACAAAUAAGGAAACAGUGGAAGUAAGCAGUAGAAUACUGGUAAACCACCAGUAGCCUAAUAUCAUCCAAUUACAGGAUAGGCUUAUGAGAAUGCCUACACUAAUUAAAGAGUUCAAGAGCCCUAACAAUAAUAGCAGUAGGAUGAUGCACUUAGUUAAUUUAGUUAAUGUAUUGAGAAUGUUUACCUUCAUUAGUGCAACAACACAAAGUAACCUCGAUGAAGAACAAAAGUUCGAAUAUCUUCAACACGGAUAUUCAGGAGACUGAGAACAUUAAUCAUAAUAGACAAAAUAGCAGAGUCUUAAAUAAGAGGAAAGAAAUGGACGAUGCUCAGUAUAAGGGAUAUGGUAUGAGAUAUGAAGUGAUCUUAUUUUUUAGGCCAGUUCUACAAGAAUCCUAUUGAGGCAGUCCCCACUCAAUACAGGGAGUAAAAGUUUGUUAAUAGGAACAUGAUUGACAAUCAGAUAUUUCCAAAAUGAUUAUAUAAUUGCAUUAUAAUUAUAUAAAUUAAUUUAAC